AUGGCCUCUCUGCUCGAGACGCGCCAGCAAAAAGGUCACGGCAGCAUCUUCCUGACGCAGAAGCGACGUGCGCAAACACUCUUCCGACCCUCUUGUGCUAUGCUGACACGUAUANNAGUGACGUUCGACGAGUCAUCUGCCACCAAACCCACCGACUCUCCUCUCGCCGAUCUGGAUCCUCCAUCAGCACCCCUACCUAUUCUCGUUCGCGCGACAGACGGCAACUCGCAAACAAAGGACCGCAAGAAGUCGGACAAGAUCAAGCUGAGCACAGUCGUACAACCUGAUGAUCUGGAAGCCUUCUACACCCGCUACGCAGAAGUCUGUAAGCAGGGCAUGCAGGCAUUGAAGAAGAGAGACCGCAGCAAGAGAAAGAAGCAGAAGCAGGGCAAGAAGAAGGCACAGGACGACAAGAAAUGA